GGACGGACACGACUAUAGUUUCGCGCUCGAAAGAAAUUCUCCGUACAUUCGAUCCAGUGGUCAAAGACACUCUCCGAGAAGAAAUAAAGAAAGAAGGCUUGCGCCUGCUUACGGACGCAAAAGUCACUUCUGUCACUAGGGAUCAACCAUCGGGACCGCUCAAAGUCGAAUUCAAUUCAAAUGAAACUGGACGAUCAGUGGAGGACUUUGACAUAUUAAUUUGGGCAAUUGGGCGAAGGCCGAAUAUCGACGAUUUAAAUUUAGAGGCCGCAGGAGUUACGUUAGCCGAAGGCCACAUUCUUGUGGACGAAUAUCAAAAUACGGUUGUGCCGAAUGUUUAUGCGCUUGGUGAUGUUUGCGGUAAAGCACAGUUGACACCAGUUGCCAUUGCUGCCGGACGCUGCCUAGCCAAUCGACUCUUUGGUCCGCCUAACUUUAGAGACGCCAAACUCGACUAUAGCAAUAUUCCAACCGUUGUAUUCCAUGGCACUUGUGGUACUGUCGGAUUGACAGAACCUCAAGCUCGUGAAAACGCAAACUUUACCAAUGUCAAAAUAUAUACAUCCAGAUUCACCAAUAUGUACUAUGCUAUGACGGAGAGAAAGCAGGUCACUUCAUACAAAUUAGUUGUCGCUGAUAAAAUAGACGAAUCCGGAAACGUUGUCAAGCAGGAACAAGUAGUGGGGCUUCAUAUAAUUGGCCGUGAUUCAGCAGAGAUUCUCCAAGGUUUUGCAGUUGCAGUGAAAAUGGGUGCUACAAAGUCACAAUUUGAUGAGACAGUUGCAUUGCAUCCUACCGCUGCCGAGGAGUUGGUUACUAUGCGAUAA